AUGCCUCUGAUGCAAAGGUUCAUGGCGUCUUUUGCACUUGCUGGCAUAGGGUAUCAGGUGAUGUCAGAGCAGAGGGUGGGGCAGCAGAGCGUUGGGCAACAGAGUGCAUGGCAGAAGGGCACGGUGCAGCAUAAUAGUGUGGAGCAGCAGAUAGUGGGGCAGGAGAGAGUGGGGCAGCAGAGCGUGGGGCAGGAGAGAGUGGGGCAGCAGAGCGUGGGGCAGAGAAGUGUGGGGCAGCAAAGUGUGGGGCAAUUGGCCUGUGGGGCUGAAGAGCGUGGGGCAGCAGAUGGUGGGGCAGCCAAGGGUCGGGGCAGCAGAGUGGCGGGCACUGGAUCAGCAUAG